AUGCAGUCCCAGCCUGACAUGCACUCCCAGCCUGACAUGCACUCCCAGCCUGACAUGCACCACCAGCCUGACAUGCACUCCCAGCCUGACAUGCACCACCAGCCUGACAUGCACCACCAGCCUGACAUGCACUCCCAGCCUGACAUGCAGUCCCAGCCUGACAUGCACUCCCAGCCUGACAUGCACCACCAGCCUGACAUGCACUCCCAGCCUGACAUGCACCACCAGCCUGACAUGCACUACCAGCCUGACAUGCACCACCAGCCUGACAUGCACCCCCAGCCUGACAUGCACUCCCAGCCUGACAUGCACUCCCAGCCUGACAUGCACUCCCAGCCUGACAUGCAGUCCCAGCCUGACAUGCACUCCCAGCCUGACAUGCACCACCAGCCUGACAUGCACCACCAGCCUGACAUGCACUCCCAGCCUGACAUGCACCACCAGCCUGACAUGCACUCCCAGCCUGACAUGCACCACCAGCCUGACAUGCACCACCAGCCUGACAUGCACUCCCAGCCUGACAUGCACCACCAGCCUGACAUGCACCACCAGCCUGACAUGCACUCCCAGCCUGACAUGCACCACCAGCCUGACAUGCACUCCCAGCCUGACAUGCACCACCAGCCUGACAUGCACUCCCAGCCUGACAUGCACCACCAGCCUGACAUGCACUCCCAGCCUGACAUGCACCACCAGCCUGACAUGCACUCCCAGCCUGACAUGCACCACCAGCCUGACAUGCACUCCCAGCCUGACAUGCACUCCCAGCCUGACAUGCACCACCAGCCUAUUGAUGAUGUUGGUGACGCUCUGCCACGACAGUGUUUUCCUGUCAGUUUUAUGAGGAAAAACAGCAAAGGAGGAGAACACUAA